UUGUCUGUCACGGUAUUGACUGUUGUCAGUGCAAACUGAUUAAUUAUUGAAAGUUCUGGAUUCUUUUCAUUACCUGUGUACUUACUGUGCUUAGAGUUGAUUAUAGGAAAUCUGCCAAGUUUAUAAUUUUAUGAUCACAUCAAAUUACUAGUAUAAUCCAGCAUAAUGGCUGCAUCUGGCAUUGCUGAACAUAAUGAGGCAAGGAGGAAGGAGAGAACCAUGCAGAAACGGGCAUUCACACAGAAACUCAUGAUGUCCCAGCUGCAGGAAGAAUUUGGUGACAAUCCUGAUCUUGUUGGAGCAUAUACAUUGGAAGCGAACAAAGAUACUUACACUGCAGAAGUGAACCAGACAAGAAGAUCGGGGUCUCCACCUGGCUAUGCAGGGAGUGCAAGACAUGAUGCUGCUUUUGUUGAUCAAAUGAGAAGAGAUCAGUUGAGACAACAACAGUUAGUUGAAUAUUCUGCUAAGAUUCCACGCCGGUUUUCAUCAAAAGAUUAUGUGGCACAGUGGUGACAGUCUGCAACCAGUAUACCUAGAGACCCUGCCCAAAUGAUUCAAAAGGACUUUGCUACUAUUAUGUGUUUCAAUCUUUUUUAACUUUAUACCCCCUUUUCUGAUUCAGAUAUAAAUUAUGUACACUAAAUUAUAAUUCUUUUGACCUAUGAAUGUUUUGGUAAACUGUUACCCUUUUGAUGUAUGAACUAUUUCUUAUUAAAAAAACAACAGAAAGCAAUUUUUUUGUGAUUAAAUGGAGAUGUUGCUGUUUUCAAAUUAUUGUUGCUAUUGAUAAGAUAUGAGUCAUGCCAGUGAGCAAUGCCAAGGAAAAAGAUGUGUUAAUAUGAUGCUAGUUUACCUUAAUGUUUUAAAAGUUUCAAUUUCUGUGUCAAGGCACUUUCUUAUUAAUGUUGCUAAGAGAUAAACAAGAAACGUUUUUUUUUGUUUUUUUUUUCUAAUACAAACUUCUUGGUAAUGUUUGCAACAUUAUGUAUUUUUUCGCAUGACAUCAUUUUAACAAAGGGUACCUUUUCUCUUGGAUUGGGUCAUAUGUUGUUCAAGACUUGUAUCUCUCAUUUACCUACUAGAAUUGCUGAAAGAGCAAAGUCAGUAUUUUAUCUAUGUACUAUGUUCACUUUGUGAUAACGUUUUUUCACUGUGAUAGAAAAGUAGACUUGUUGUAAAGAUAUUUCUGACCAGGCCACUUAAUCUUACACCAAGUCUGCCGUACAGGCAUUGCUCAUUGUUAUAUAUUUUUAUUGUAAAGUUAAGAAUUUUAGAUAUGCUUUCAAGGGCUAAUAGAUGCACUAAUGUUAUAUAAAUAGCCUUUUUGGUACUUCUUGUAUCAUUUUUAGGGACUUUUUACGAGUUUUGAAUAGAAUCGCCAGGACGCCACCUAGAUUUUUAUACUUUAAAUUUUAAUGGUUCAGCUUGAUGUUUUCAAUGAUAAAAAUAAUCAGAUUUGAAAAAUAAAUUUUGGUUUGGAACAGGAGCUAGUUUUAUAUUGUUUUUGCAUUUAUAAAACAAAUUUAAUUGCCAGUCUUACCUGGAUUAUCUGAAAAUAGUCUUGUGAAAGAGAACACAUACACAAGUGUGAACUUUGUCCAAAGAUAAAAUAUCACACCUUUGUCAGAAGAAACCUUAAAAUUUUGGUGUUUUAAAUGUCAUUUUACAUUUUAUAACAUUGUGAUGCCAACAUUGUUCACAGUAUGGUGUGCCAUGGAACAUAGUUGGGUUCACACAUUUUGUACAUUAGAUUUGCAUUUAAAAUUGGUUUAAACUUUAAAACUUAAAGCCAUAUUGCGCUAGUGGUGUUUUGAGCAGACUUUAAUAUGCAUUUUUUUCAAGGCAAAAUGAUAAACAGUUUACUGUUGUUUGUAUCACACAUUUUCGACACAUAAAAUUUUUAAGGAAAACAUUGAAAAAAAAAAAAAGUUUCAGUCACAUACGUUUGCAACAAAGAAAUUCUUUAUUUGCGACAUAUUUUACAGCUUCUAAAAUUAAUUGUUACCUAUUUGCAGCUUAAUAUAGAUUUAAGUCUUUCAGAUAGCAUAACACAUUUUGUUUAUAUUACAUAGUAACAGUAUUAUAUUUUAUUUGUUUUUUUCCAUUAUAUAUUUUCUUUUAUUAUGAAUUUUUUAUGUUGUGUGUCUCUUUAUUCACUCAUAUAUUCAUGUUUGUAAGGUGAACUUAACUGCAGUUAGUCCAUAAAAACUGCUGAUUGGAAAAUAUAUGGUCACAAAAUUGUGUGAAAAUGAAUCGAAUAUCUAAUUUAACAAAUUUACAAAGAAUAAAAAUGGCAGUUGGGUUUCCUUUCAUAUAAUCACUCUUGCUACAAAGCAAUUUUGUCAGAACUUCAUACAUGUAUUGUGCUGUGAAUAAAAAGUUGUUAAAAUA